CUGAGACCCCAAACAGCAUCAAUUGAUCCCAUCCAGUAACCAAGCAUCAUCAUGAAGUUCUCCUGUGCUUUUCUGCUCCUGGCCGUCCUGGCAUGUGUCCUUGUUGAUCGUGCAACCAGCGCCACCACCUCCACCACAACCACCACCGAAGCGGCGACCACAACCACCACAGCAGCUUCUUCGGACACCACCACCACCACUGCCUCUUCUUCGGAUUCCACCACCACCACCGAGUCCUCCCCGUCCUCCAAAAAGAAGAAGCACGUGAUCCACUACAAGCGCAAGAUCAAGCGUGGCAAGCACAUCGUCAAGACCCGCCGCCACCGCAAGGAUUAA